AUGGAGAUUCUUGGGGCGGUAGGAGCAUCGGUACAGCUGGUCCAGGUUGCCGGCACCUGCUUGUCCAUCGUCCAAGAGGUCAGGAGUAUCUCGCUCGUCGCUCGAGAUCAGAACGCUGCCCACUUUGAACUUCUGGUUCAAGCCCUCAAGUUCGAAAAAUGGUGUGCGGCUUUGGGCAUUCAGGGGAUGCUGAAAAAUGCCAAGCAAGGGCAAGAUGCUUGCCGUCAUUCGAUGGAGGACCGACAGACUCGGUUGGGGGAAACCAUUAGGUCACAACUACGCUUGGAAAACCCGAAGCUCGAACAACUGACUCUAGAGGCGUUGAAAGACAUGAGAGAAAAGUUUGCUGAGACUACCAAGAUCAUCGCGCAGUACGCGGGAGCGUCAACACCAGCCGAGACACCCACUAAUGUUUCAUCUAUCUCAUUGCAGGUGCCCAGGAGUAAGAAGACAUCGGUGAUUUCCAAGCUUUUGCGCAAGGAACCGAGGCCGUCUCCGUCCAGCACUGAUGCGUCGUCUGUGCUAAGCGCCCAAUCGCAGCCCAAUGCUAAAGGGGGCCCAAACGUGUUGAUGAGAACCAAGUGGGUGACCUCAGACAAAAGCCGAGUCGAGGAUUUGUUGAAGAGCAUUGAGAGGACGAACAACUUGCUGGUCGUCCUUCUCGACCCAGAACAUCAAGCACACAUAGACCGUCAGACAGAUAUGACAAUCCUCGACCUGGUCGAUCGUGACACCCUCGAAGCAACAACAACACGCCCAGACCUUAAAGCGAUGGGCAGAAUCAAGCGUUGGCAGAAACAAGAACAAAGCGACAACGGGGACGAAGAUUUAGCCUCGACAUAUUCGUCUACAACCAUCUCGAGUCCAGCCCCAACACGGGUCCGGACCUACCAAGUUCGGGACUUCAAGAGAGAAAGCCUUCCACACGGCGAAUAUAGGACCUUGACUUCUUUGGAGGAUAAACGGGUCAUGGUGGAGUGGAAAUACUACAACCAAGAUCAGCCAAUUCGCCUUGAACGGACUAUGCGAUUGGGAGGGCUUGUCGGGCUCUUGAACAGGAACGAGGUUUUCCAGAAGUUCAUGACGCUUCCUUGCAGGGGUCUCGUCUCGGAUUCGAUAAACUCCAGGAUUGGGCUUGUAUUUUCAGUGGAAGACCCCGGCACCAGUCGCUUAAAAUCUCUAUACGACUGGAUCCGGAAUACUCCAACCCCGGCUCCACUCGGACAAAGGUUUCAACUCGCCAAGAGCCUCGUCACCGCGAUCCACCAUCUUCAUUCUGUUGAUUGGCUUCAUAAGUCAAUUCGAAGCGAAAACAUCGUCUGUUCUUGGGCACACGAGUCCACUUCGAAGCUCAAUUAUUCGUCUUCGACAGACAAGUCAGCGGCGGUUCAGAACAGCAGCCGCGAUGAACAAGAUGAUGGCCCUGGGGCGGCCAGCGCCAGGGAGACCCGGAUUGAAGCACUCCCCCCCUUUCACCUCGUUGGCUGGGAUCUGUCCCGGCCGGAUCACCCGUUGGAGUUGUCCGAGACGUUGUCAGUGUCUACUGCCGGAUUUCAGAACAAGCGAGACGCCAUUCUGCUAUACAGCCAUCCGGAGAUGCAUGCCCAGUCGAAGCCAGGCAAGAGACCUCGUUACCGUGCCCAGUUCGACAUUUACAGCCUCGGCCUGGUGCUUCUGGAGAUAGGACUGUGGAGAACAAUUGGGGAAUUACGUCGGCAUUGCAAGGACGACGUGGAAUUCAGGGUCAAGCUCGGGACCGAGUAUUGUGACAAACUGCUGCCGAAGGUUGGCGAAGUGUAUUGGCGUGUUGUACAGCGGUGCUUGAGGAACGAAUUCGGCGAGCCCUCAGACCGUAAUGAUGAGAGUGAAGAAUGUUUCUCGUUGCAAGUCGCAUUUGAGAAAUUUGUGGUGUCUAAACUGGAGAAGUGUUUUGCAUAA